AUUAAACUAAUAAAGAGUAAUAAGGUGGAGCAGUACUAUUUUGUUUGCUUUUGACUCUCUCCUCUCAGCAUUGCCUCUUUUCGCCUUCCCCUCUCCGUUUUCCCCUUCAUUUGUUUUCAUAAAAGAAGGGUUUUGGUUUUGGUUUUGGUUUUGGUGUUAGGGUUUUAGCUUUUUUUGGGGGGAACCUGUAUUUUCUGAACUGAAAAUGGUGGAAACGUUCAAUUCAGUGAAGUGACUAGUUUGAUUAUUAUUAUUAUUAUUAUUAUUAUUAUUAUUAUUAUUAUUAUUAUUUGUGUAUAAAAAUGGGUGCAACAAGCUCAAAAUCUGAGAGGAGUGAAGCACUAAGAUUAUGCAAAGAAAGAAAGAAAUUCAUAAAAGAAGCAGUUGAUUCUCGAUACGCAUUAGCAGCUGCACACGUUUCAUAUGUGCAAUCCCUGAAAAACAUCGGCAUUGCACUUAGAAGAUAUGCUGAAGCUGAAGUGUUGAUUGAGUCAUCUUUAUCAACUUCAGAUAAAACACCAUCACAUUCGUCCUAUCCAUCACCAUCACCAUCUCAUAUUUGUGGUGAUGAUGGAAGUCCCAUUUCACCGAAUGUUGGUACUACUAGGUUGAGUUACAUGAAGUCUACCGGAGGAACUAGUGUUGUUACUGUCAAGGUGAAGGCGAAUUCAGAAUCUAUCAAUAUGUGUGUUGAUGAUGUUGUUGAUUUCUCAACACCGUUGCCCCCACCGCCGCCACCUCCACAUUCGGGGUCUUGGGAUUAUUUUGAGCCGGAUGAUAAUGAGAGCUUUAGGUUCGUCACACAUAGCACCGCUAAGCAACUGAACUUUGAUGAUAAUGAUGGUGGUGGUGGUAAUAAUGGGAUUCAGGAACAAGAAGAGUUCUCGACAUCUAAAUCGGAAACUUGGAGUAAUGGUCGUCGUGGGAAAUCGGGAUUUCAAGAUUCUAGUUCAGUUAUGGUUGAUGGUGAGGCUAAAGAUAUGGGCAGUGAGCUGAAGGCAAACUGUUCUUCGGUUGGGACAAUGACUGGUAAAUCUACUUUGAAAGUAUCUGGUUCAAAGGGAGAUAAGUCUUUAGUAGUGGAUGAAAGAGAGGAUCCUUCUGAGUUCAUAACUCAUAGAGCUAAAGAUUUUCUUUCUAGUAUAAAGGAUAUUGAACAUCGAUUCUUUAGAGCAUCUGAAUCCGGAAAAGAGAUUUCAAGAAUGCUCGAAGCUAGUAAAAUUCGAGUUGGGUAUUCUGAGGCCAAAGGAAAAUCUUCGGUGUCCGCCUAUUUGUCUUCUAUGGGUUCAGUUUGCUGCAGAAGAGUGGGUGAAAACAUGUCUGAUGAAGCAGACCAUGUAACCAAGGUGAUUAUCUGGAAGAGGACCGCAUCCUCAAGAUCAUCUUCAUCGAGGAAUCCUCUUAAUAGUAAGGAUGACAAUGAUGAUAGUGGAAGUGAUUUUGUUGAAGAUUUUUGCAUGAUAGCUGGAAGCCACUCAUCCACCCUUGACAGAGUAUAUGCAUGGGAGAGGAAACUUUAUGAUGAAGUGAAGACGAUCGAGUCAAUCAGGAGAGAUUAUGAUCGGAAGUGUAACCAACUUAGGCAUCAAUUUGCCAAAGAUGUUAGCGCCCAAAUAAUUGACAAAACACGGUCAGUGGUCAAAGAUCUCCAUUCACGUAUCAGGGUGGCUCUAUAUUCAGUUGAUUCGAUAUCAAAGCGGAUAGAGAAAAUGAGGGAUGAAGAGUUGUUGCCUCAAAUUUUGGAACUUAUACAAGGAUUGAUCAAAAUGUGGAGAGCGAUGCUUGAAUGCCAUCAUGCCCAGUAUAUAACCAUUUCUCUAGCAUACCAUGCCAAAGCUUCAGUUUCAAGUCCCCAGGGUGACACUCAAAAGCUGAUUAUGAGUCAGCUGCAGGAUGAAGUAGAGUGUUUUGGCUUGAGUUUCGCCAACUGGAUUAACAGCCAUACUUCAUAUGUUGAAGCUCUUAACAGCUGGCUGCAAAACUGCAUCCUUCAACCACGUGAGCGAAACAAAGGCAGAAGAGCAUUUUCCCCCCGACGAGUUCUGGCCCCACCAAUAUUUGUGCUUUGUCGCGACUGGUCCACGGGGAUUAAAUCUCUGCCUUCUGAAGAUCUUAGUGAUGCCAUUAAGGACUUCUUGUAUGACCUGCGACAUUCAGUUGGACACCACUCUGAGGAACUGCAAAAGAAAGAUACUACUCCUGAGUCGGGGAAUGAGGAAUUGGAGGCGAAAGAUGAAGAGAAGAACGAUGAGAAGUCAUCAAAUUUGAAUCACAUACACUCGAGUUUAACAAGGGUUCUGGACCGUCUGACCAAGUUCUCUGAGGCUUCUUUAAAGAUGUGUGAAGAUAUCAGGCAGAAAUGUGAAACAGCUCGAAAUGCGUAUCUGAACUAUCGACCAGCGCCAAGAUCCUUUAGUAUAUGAUUGCGUUAUUGACAUUAUGAAAAUAUGUUAUUGUAAAUCAAUAGUGACUUCAAAGAUUGUGCCUUCUCAUUUUGGUGAAAAAUAGUGUAGGUUACUAAUUUAACUGAAAAGCUUACCCUACCAAUUGGUUACUUGACAUUCA